AUAGAUGAAGAGGAAGUGGAAACAUUGUUUAUGAAAAUGGACGCUAACUGUGACGGAACAUUAGAUUGGGAGGAAUACGUUAGCUACAAUUUAUUAGAAUAUCAGGAAAAAUCACAGAUGUUAGAAAUGCUGAAAGAAAAACCCUUUCCGAAAGAAAUAAAAUGCAUUCAUACGCGUCACCAUGACAAUAUAGUCCGAAUCAUUUAUUCACCUCAUGUCCAUAAACGAUGGACUCAUAUGGACUACACGAAUGGCAAAUAUGCAACUCUCAGCAAAGAUGGUAUUGUUACAUUCUGGAGUUUAGGGUUGCGUUACAAUAGGUGUCAUACUGUUGCGGUACCGAAUGAUCGAGCAACUCAGCCAUGGUUUGUUGACAUGGUGUCAGUCUAUAACGUCAAUAUGAUAGCGGUUGCUAGUACUGAUCGGGAUAUAAGUUUUUAUGAUAUCACAGCUAAGAAAUUUGUCAAAAGAUAUGUGAUAACGGGUUUAGAGAACUGUGUCACCACCAUGGACUAUUGGGCGGAUUUAGACGGAAAGAAGCAGUCAGUAAUGGUAUGGGGUGACACCGCCGGAAAUGAUUACGGGAUAUAUUUUGAAAUUCAACGUGGAAGUGGACUCUUUGGUUCAUUACCUACCAAGCAGGAGAUGGCAAAGCGAAUAAGUUUUGCAGAGCUGCUAAAAGGCCAUUUUCCAAAUAUCAAAGCUUUUCGUCUGGCUGGAAUCCACGAUGACUGGGUAACUAAGAUAGCUUAUAUCCCAGAAUUGGGAUGUUUUUUGUCGUGUUGUCAAUCAAGUACCACCUCUCUUUAUUUGGGAGACUUUCUUAAAAAGAAAUCACCAUCUUAUUUCAAGGUGAAUAAAGGCUUGUUUGCAUUCGAUUACUGUGCCAAACUUAAUAUCAUUGCGACUGGAGGUAUGGACUACAAUGUUCGAAUAUGGAAUCCGUAUGUCAACAAUAAAUGUAUAUUGCUACUGAAAGGUCACACCAAGCCUGUGGUACAUAUUGUUUUGAUUGGCAAGAAACAUCAAGUUCUCAGUAUCGACAAAGGUAAAAGUAUCCGUGUUUUCGACCUUAAGGAUCAGAGUUGUCUCCAGAAUCUUAGUGGUAGAAUUAUCUCCCUUGGACCGUUUCCUAUCUCAACCAUUCUAUUUAAUCCUGAUCUUCAGCAUCUGGUUUUAGCAACUAAUAAACUAGGUAAGAUAAGAUUGCUGGAGAGUCGUGAAGAAGAUGAACGUCAUGCUGAAAUAUUGUCACACAAUAAACCUGUUGUACAAGUUCUAUAUAAUCCUUCCUUUAAGGUAGUGAUAACAGCAUGUGAGGAAUCUGUGGUCAGUGUAUGGGAUAUGGAAACAGGAGAGAAAUCCAUGCAGUUUGUUAAUGCUCAUACACUAAUGGAAGAUGGUGUGCUCACACCUCUAGAGAUUACUGCCAUGGCUUUUGACCCACCUAUGAGAAGGUUGCUGACUGGCGCCAGAGACGGAAUUAUCAAGGUCUGGAAUUUCAAUGUUGGUGCUGUGCUUCAGAGUUUUUACGCGUCAGAAAGGGCUAUGGUGACGGGGAUUAUUUGUACAGCUCGAAAAUUUUAUGUUACUGGUUGGUUCAGAUUCAUCAAUGUAUUUGUAGAUGGCGAAGGAGCUGAUAGCUGUAAAAGGUGGCCUAAGAAGCAUGAGGAGGACAUUCUUUGUAUGGCUUACUUUCAUCCUACGUUAUUAGCAACUGGUGCGUAUGAUGGUACGAUUAAUGUAUGGCUUCGAGAAACUGGUCAUGUUGUCUGUAAGCUCAAUGCUCAUGAAUCGGAUAAAGCUAAUCCAGACGGUACUUAUAGCUACGGCGAGAACCAGGAAACACAAACCCCUUCAUAUCAACCUAAAAGUGAUUCUGAAUAUCGACUUGAUUCAGCUGAUUCAAUUAUAAGCCUAGAAGACAUCGAUGAUAAGGAUGGUGAGGAAGAAUUAUGCAACAUUAUGAACAUCGAAGACAAGAGUUACGAACAUCCUUUGUUGGGAGCUUUGAAUCCCCAGAGUCCAGAUCUUGAUAAGAUACCGAAGAAACUUUAUAGUCGACAAGAUUAUGACAGUCUUACAAAGAAUUACGAAGCUUCAAUUGAAAGUAUGAUUUUUCUUGAAAAGAGAAAUCAUUUGGAUAAAGACACUGCUGUUUUGGUUUCCUCGGGUGCGGAAGGCUGGGUGCGCUUUUGGUCCGUCGCUCAUGAGGGUGGUUUAUUAGGUCAAUUCAAUGCUGGACAUCAACCUGGUUGUAGCGUAAACUGUAUGGUUACGGAUAUAGAUAAUAACUAUCUUAUUACUGCUGAUACCAUGGGCGUCGUUAAAGUUUGGGACAUCAUGAAUUAUUGUAUUCGUCUCCGUGUUCCCGAUGGCACAUCAUAUGCCAGAUUUAAGAAACUGACAAAACGAUUUCCUUAUCUUAGGAUUUUUGCCAUCAGUGCUGCCAAUCCGGAAAUGACUUUAAAGGAGCCUUUGUGCCUGAACUCAUUCCGUGCCCAUACUAAAGCUAUUAACCGCUUAGAGUUUAUCAAUGAUAGGCAACUCAUUAUCACUACUAGUAGUGACUGUGCUAUAAGACUUUGGACUAUCUGUGGAAAAUACAUUGGAACAUUUGGUGAGAGGUGGAAACAACUUCCCAAAACAAUCAAGGCUGCUGCAAUCCAAAGAACAGUGCCAAAAGAUCUUCGAAGAUGUGGUUCAGCUCGGACGAUGAGGGUACUGAACGGUGGU